GGAUCUUUGUUAAUUACUUAUUUACUGUAUUUCACCCCACUUUUCAGAGGAUUGUCUCCCAAAAGAGGCUUUUUUCGUUUUUUUAGAGAGAGAAAGAUAGGCACUGACAAUCAGGCUCACAAUGACAUGCAGGGAAAAAGAGAGAAGAUGGGAAGAGAGCAUUUCUAUAGGUGUUACGAGAAUGAACCUGUGUUUCCAGAUCAAGAGCAUUGCGGGGUUUUUAUUAAUUCUGGAUUUUCAGCAAGCCGGGACAAAGGCACAACCACGGCGGGCAGUUCAAGGACCUGAUUGCACAGCAAUAUUUGCUGCCAAUGCAUCUCUCCCCAGCGGAGUUUACAGGAUCAAACCAAAGCAUUAUCAUAAGUCUUUUGAGGUAUUCUGUGAAAAGAGAUACGAUGGUGGAUGGACUAUUAUCCAGCGACGCAAUGGACAAGGGGUGUAUGGUGGACCGGAGGACUUUCGGAGGUGGAUGUCUGAAUACGAAAAAGGAUUUGGCCAUGUUGAUUUUGAACAUUGGCUAGGGCUUGUCUACAUUCAUGCUCUGACCCACCAGACAGACAAAAAAUGUGAGCUCCGAGUGGACAUGAGAAACUGCAAAGGGAAGAAAGGCUAUGCUGUAUACAAGACCUUCGAAAUUGGCAACGAAGAUGAAAAAUACCGCCUUUCUUUGGGAAAAUACAGAGGGAAUGUGGGAGAUGCAUUCAGAGGGCUUGAACCCUCUGAGAAUCAAGAUGGCAAUUUCUUCAGUGCGGUUGAUAGUGACAAUGACGACUGUGGCCCAUGUUUUGUGGGCGAUGAGGCAUUCGACAGCUGCGCUGGCGAGCUCUACGGUUCUGGGUGGUGGUUCAGUAACUGCGGCAUGGCGGAUCUCAACGGGAUGUGGCAUCCCAAAGACAGCUGUAGAGGUUGGGUAUCUGGUGUGUACUGGAAAACAUGGAGUAAUAUUGAUUCACUGCUAUUUAGUGAACUCAAGAUAAAAUGUGCUUAGCUGUAACAAUGUCAGACUCUCCAGCCUGAGAUGGCUUGCGAGUUUGUUUCCCUUUCUGCAGCAAUUUUAGUACUAAACCAUCCCUGUGUUACUAUGAAUGUCAGCCGCUUAGUAGCAAAUCGCUGAGUAUGCAACAUAUAAUCUAGCAAGUCUGACUGAUCUAAGAAAUGAAGUUUCUGCUAAUUGAUUGUUGAAGUCUUUCUGGUUUUUCGGUAGACAUAGUCCCCCUUCCCCUCCCUUUUUGCCAAAACCAUUUCAGUAAUAAGGAACAUAUAUUUUAGUGCAGUCAUAAUCCUAGACGUACUUUUACUGUCCCCUGUAGAACAAAUUAGAUAGGAACCCACCCAUAUUUCCAUCAAACACCAAUGCAAAGAGAGAGGAUGAAAAAGGGGGAAGUAAAAUUAAAGACCUUGCUUAGUAACAGGCAAGACAGUUGAGAUGUGUCAUCUGUGCCUCAGCAGUGCAACAGCUCCCCACCAGUUAAUUUCCCUCUUUGAUUAUUCCCCAAAUAGUUGAACAAAAUUUCAAAGUUUAUGGAAUUUCCCCUCCUGGCAAAAACCAGCCGUUUUGUGUGCUGCUUGAACACCUCGCUCCCCCACCAUUUUCUUCUUGGGCUAAAGAAUUGCAGGCUUCUUUGCUGCUAGGACUGCACACACAAACCAAGCUAGUUUUUUAUUUUAUUUUUUUUAGUGGGUAGGGGUGUUUGAUAUCUGCUCAGCUUUGUAUGCUUCCCAGCUGAAGGGAGGCCGCAAAAUCCUCACCUACUGUCCUAGAUAGAAUAAAAGUGUGUUGUUACCAAAGCUAAGAGAAUUUAGAAUUUGGGUUUUACAACUAAAUGGGCUGGAGGAAUUUAGGAGACAAUGCCAUUAACUCUGAUUGCUGUUGUCAGUGCAAUGAUUAGUGCAAUCCAUUAAACCAUGAAUUGGUUUAUGCAAUGCAAUUUAUAUCACAUUCCUUUGUUGCUUUAUUUCCUUCAAUUUUCAGAAUAUGCAUUUUGCUUUUCAGAUUUCAUAAGGCCGUUAAGCUUUGUACACCAAUAAACUGUUUGAUUCAUUCCAGUUAUAA